CGGUCUCAGGCAGCACAAGCACAGCACAGCACUCUCCUCCGUUCCGUUCGGUUCGGUAGUUUCUUUUCGAAGCGAUACUUUUUUAGUUAGUUAUCUUUAGGCUGUCAUUUGAUUCGGUUGGCUAUAUUAUUUUUAUAUGAAAAGAGGAGUCGGCUUUUUCCCUGAUUAUAAGAAAUCGCAGAAUUGAGAAAAAAAAAAUAAAGUAAAAAUUUUGAAAAAGAAACGAAAGGAAAUGAAAAUAAUAACAAGACAAUUUUCAAAUGUGCGCUCAGUAAUUUCCUUUUCCGAUCCGAUCAUAUUAUACAUACGAAUUUAAAAAAAAAAGUAUCUGCAUACAUACAAAUCUAUCUUCAAGACUAACACCAAUACUUACAUAUAAUUGUGGUACACAAAUACGAAGCUAGAAUAAUUAUUCGAGUGAUAACUUCGGGUUUGAAAUGUGUCUGGUUCAAAAAAAGUAAAAAAAAAAAAAAGAAACAAAAAAAGUAUCCAGUUAAGAUUAAAUAUUUUUAAUUGUAAGCUACAACAGCGCCACCACUCAACACCACGUCUAGCGCCUCGCAUUCGCAUCACAUCAUAAUACCUACCUGAAUUGAAUCUGAGAGCAUACGAAAAACGAAUGUAUAUUGAUUGUUCUUUAUCGAGAGAACCUCUUUAGCACAUAUAACAUCAACCAUCAGUAAACAGAAUGCCCUUGCAACGUAACAGUAUAGAAUGUUUGGAUAAAUCUAGAAAUAACAAAUUAACAAUAGAACGUAUACCGAAGGAGGAAAUACUAGAGGAAGAAGAAAUCGAUGACUCAGCGGAAGUUAUUGUACCACCGGAUGGAGGAUGGGCUUGGGUAGUGAUGGUAGCAUCAUUUCUCUGCAAUACUGUUGUGGACGGAAUUGUAUUGAGUUCUGGAAUGAUUCAAAAGUCACUCAUAGCUGAUUUUCAGGUAUCCGAAGGAUAUGUGGCACUUGUAAGUUCACUUUUAAGUGGUUUCUAUUUAAUGGCAGGACCGUUUGUAAGUGCCUUAGCUAAUCGAUACGGAUUCCGUCCCGUGACAGUUGUGGGAGCUAUUUUUGCUGCUGCAUCAUUCGGCCUAUCAUAUUACGCAACAAGUGUCGAAUUCUUGUUUAUUUCGUAUGGAUUCCUUGGAGGAAUAGGCUUUUGUAUGGUUUAUAUACCAUCAGUUAUUACUAUUGGAUAUUAUUUUGAAAAGUGGCGAGCUCUAGCAACUGGUAUUGCCAUGUGUGGUUCAGGAGUUGGAACAUUUAUUUUUGCACCUCUUACAAGCCAUUUAGCUAAAGAAUACGGAUGGCGAAAUACCAUGGGUAUUCAAGCUCUAAUAAUUCUCUCAUGUGCUUUAUAUGGUGCAGCGUUUAGGCCAAUACAACCAAUUCAAUUAGCUAUAGCCGAAGAAGAUUCCGAUAAGAAUCAAGAGAAUGGUAACGUUGCAGAGAAACCUAGACUUUUAACAAUCACACAAAAACCACUACCAGAGGGUCGUUUCGCCUACUCAGUACCCAACAGUGCGCACAAUACUUAUAUGGGAGCGACACCUAAGCAUCACUAUCCCACGGCUUCGGAAAUAUUCCGUGGGGCAAACUUUGAACGUCGUUUAUCAGGUACUCCAGGCAAGGGAACCGAAUUAAAGAAUCUUCGAAAAUCACAGCCUACGACUCCAAAUGGGGAAUCACAUCCUGUAUACAAUCUAAAUAAGGAACUAACAACGGUAGGAGAAAACGAAGAAGAAGCCGAAGGUCAAAACCUGUUAGAGACUGAAAUCAAGCCCGUAUCAAUGCAGGCCAGACGGCAUACUGUCUCCGGUCGCAGACCGAUAGAUAUGCACAAAAAAUCGAAUACUCCACAUCACGAAACACACCAUAAUACUCGUCCUAUGUACCGAGAUGAUAUUUUCUUUUCAGGAUCACUCGUACGAAUUCCUCAAUAUACAUCACAAUCAUCGUUAGGCUAUCACAUGUCUGUAACAAGACUUCCGACCAAAAGAGAUAUAUUAGAAGAAAGACAGAAGGGUUGUCAGUUAUGUCCUGAAGCUGUGCGAAGAACACUUGCUACUAUGUUGGAUACCAGUUUAUUAAAAUCACCUUCGUUUAUGUUGUUGGCCAUCAGUGGAUUUUUAACAAUGAUGGGAUUUUUCGUGCCAUUUAUUUUUGUAGUUCGACGUGCUUUAAUGGCUGGCAUGGAUGAACAUAAAGCUUUGUUUAUUGUAUCGGCUAUUGGAAUAACGAAUACUUUUGCAAGGAUUGGAUGUGGACUGUUGAGUUCAUUUGAUGGAAUUUCACCACUGUAUUUGAAUAAUAUUGCCAUUACUGCAGGGGGUCUAGCAACAAUAUUUAGUGGACAUUUAAUUAAUGAUACGACUCAGUUCAUUUUUGCAGCCAUAUUUGGAAUUUGUAUUGCAUGCUUUUCGGCGUUGCGAUCUGUGAUUGCUGUGGAACUCAUGGGCUUGGAAAAAUUAACUAACGCCUUUGGAUUUCUGAUGCUGUUCCAAGGACUUGCUGCAGCCAUGGGUGCUCCUAUUGCUGGUGUUCUUUUCGAUUUGACUGGUAGUUAUGAUGUUUCAUUCUAUUUUGCUGGAAGUUUAAUUACUCUUUCGGCAUUCUUGUGUUAUCCUCUUAACUACGUUAAUAAAUGGGAAAAGGAGCGAGAUGAAAAACAAGGAGUUCAGCAGCAAGCCUAAUCAAAGACUAAGCAUCUACCAAUAAAUUUGAUAUGGUGUGCCUAACUAAGUGACUUUAAGACAAUUUUAAAUUGGCCUACUUAAAUUCUUUAAGAACAUAAUAAAGUUACCUGCUAAUUUAAUUUUUAUUUUAUUUUAAAUGACUGCCAAUGAAAAAGAAUGUAGUACAAACAUUUUAUGUACUAUAAACAUUUUUUAUUGAUUGAAAAAAAAAAAUAUAUUUGUUAAUAAAUAAAUUCGUUUCUGACUGUAAUGUUAUAAGGUGAAAUAAAUCGAAAUUAAGAUGAA